GGACUUUUCCCGGUGGCGUUUAUAUUGUUUCGUUGACAAUAGAGAAGCGAAAUGGUGGCUCGGGCAAGGCAUUCAGUCAAAGAGCACCCGACGCCGCCCUUUCUUGAGGACAAAAAGGGUAAAGUCAUAGGUGGACCGAUGAAUGGUCUCUUGGCCGGCGUCAGAGACUAUCAGAUCGAAGAUGAGAUUGUUUAUCAGCAAAGAUGCCAGAUUAUCCGAAUCAAUGAGAGCGAGGAGAAGUCCGAGAUGUGGCUCUCGACGGGUGAGGCCUCCAGCCUGGGGGCGGAGGAGGUGGCCGCUCGGCUCGACACGCACCUGCACAACGGCCUCGAGUGGCGAGAGGUCGAGCUGCGCAGGCAGCUCGCCGGGUUCAACGAACUCACCGUCCUGGAGGAGGAACCCACGUGGAAGAAGUACAUAGAACAGUUUCGCAACCCUUUGAUCAUGCUGCUGCUGGCCUCGGCACUGGUCAGUGUGUUAAUGCGGCAGUUCGACGACGCCGUCAGCAUCACGGUGGCCAUCAUCAUCGUCGUCACCGUCGCCUUCGUCCAGGAGUACCGCUCUGAGAAGUCUCUGCAGGAACUGACCAAGCUUGUUCCUCCAACUUGUCAUUGUUAUCGAGAAGGCGUUCCGGAAUUUUUCCUGGCUCGGAAUCUGGUCCCUGGAGACAUUGUGAACCUGAACGUUGGAGACAGAGUUCCUGCCGACCUCCGAUUAUUUGAAGCUCAUGGUCUGGCCAUCGACGAAAGCAGCUUUACUGGCGAAACAGAACCCUCAUCAAAAGUCACCGUUCCACUUUUGAAGACAAACGGACACACCUCGAAAAGGAACAUCGCUUUCAUGGGCACUCUAGUUCGCUGCGGAAAUGGAAAAGGCAUUGUGAUUAACACUGGUGAGAAAUCUGAGUUCGGAGAGGUCUUCAAAAUGAUGCAGGCUGAAGAAGCACCGAAGACCCCGCUGCAGAAGAGCAUGGACAGUCUCGGAACAAUGCUGUCCUUCUACUCCUUCUGCAUCAUUGGCUUCAUCAUGCUGCUUGGCUGGUUCCAGGGCAGACCUAUUCUUGACAUGUUUACGAUUGGAGUGAGUUUGGCCGUGGCUGCCAUUCCAGAAGGUUUGCCCAUCGUGGUCACUGUGACCCUUGCCCUGGGAGUGAUGCGGAUGGCAAAGAGAAAGGCCAUUAUCAAGAAGCUUCCAACUGUCGAAACUCUUGGCUGUGUGAAUGUCAUCUGCUCGGACAAAACAGGAACCCUGACCAUGAAUGAGAUGACCGUGACCCAAAUGGUCACCUCAGAAGGUUACGAGGCUGAGGUUUCGGGCGCUGGCUACAACAAUCGAGGAAAAGUCCACGCUGUAAAAGAAGGCACCAGAGACUCCUUUGUCAACAUGCUUGAAGUUGGUUGUGUCUGCAACAAUGCUGUCAUUACUGGAGAAACUCUGCACGGACAGCCAACCGAAGGCGCGAUUUUGGCUGCGGGAAUGAAAAUUGGUCUCUACAACAUCACUGACAAAUACAUCCGUCUGCAAGAGUAUCCCUUCAGCUCUGAAACAAAAAUCAUGGCAGUCAAGUGCAUUUUGGCCGACCCCUCCAGAGACGAUCGUAGAGAGAUUUUCUUCGUCAAAGGUGCUAUGGAAAAACUUCUCCACCAGUGCAGAUAUUACUCUGAAAAUGGACGAGCAAUGCAAUUAUCAUCAGAGAAGGUACAAGAAUAUCUGGCAACUUCCUACGAAAUUGGUCGCAAAGGUCUUCGAGUUGUUGGAAUGGCCAAAGGUCACACUUUGCAAGAGCUGAUCUUCACUGGUCUUGUUGGAAUCUGUGAUCCCCCACGACCCCAUGUCCGAGAGGCCAUUCAAACUCUGAUGGGUUCCGGAGUUGAGAUCAAAUUGGUUACUGGAGACGCACAAGAAACUGCUGUGGCCAUUGCUGGAAUGGUUGGUCUUGACACUAUGCACAUGGAAUCUUUAUCUGGUGAUCAUAUCGAGAAAAUGACGGAACAGCAACUCUCACAGAUUGUACCACAAAUCAGCGUCUUUUACAGAGUCACACCUAGACACAAAUUAUGCAUUGUUAAGGCCCUUCAAGCUAAUGGAGUCAUUGUCGGAAUGACAGGUGACGGCGUCAACGAUGGAGUUGCUCUGAAAAAAGCAGACAUUGGAAUUGCCAUGGGCAAAAGUGGCACAGACGUCUGCAAGGAAGCUGCUGACAUGAUCCUAGUCGACGACGAUUUCGAAACAAUCAUUGCUGCUAUAGAAGAGGGCAAGGGCAUUUUUUACAACAUCAGGAACUUUGUACGCUUCCAACUCAGCACCAGUAUUGCAGCUCUCUCCCUUAUUGCGCUCGCCACUCUGAUGGGCAUUCCGAACCCUUUGAACGCUAUGCAGAUUUUGUGGAUCAACAUUAUCAUGGAUGGACCCCCUGCCCAAAGUCUCGGUGUCGAACCUGUGGACAAAGAUGUGAUUAAGCAAAAGCCGAGGGAUGCAAAAACACCAAUGAUUACCAGAGCAGUUAUUAUCAACGUCAUCAUGUCAGCUUCUAUAAUUAUCUUAGGCACUUUGUGGGUGUUCAACCGAGAGAUGAGUGACAACAAAAUCACCCCAAGAGACACCACCAUGACUUUCACUUGUUUCGUUUUCUUCGACAUGUUCAAUGCGCUCAGUUGCAGAUCUCAGACAAAAUCCAUCCUUGCUGUGGGUUUUUUCACCAACAAGGUUUUCCUGAUUGCGGUCAGCCUGUCUGUCAUUGGCCAGCUACUUGUUAUUUAUUUCCCUCCCCUGCAACUAGUUUUCCAGACUGAAGCUUUAACUAUUACUGACCUGAUAUUCUUAGUGUGCCUGACCUCAACUGUCUUUUGGGUGUCGGAAAUCAAGAAAUUCGUUGAGCGACAAAUGGAGCGCCGCUCCGCCUCAACCUACUACCCCAGCGGCAAGGAGCACCUGCUCGAGUAUGUAUGACAGUCGGAGACCGGCGUGGACGAAAGACCCCACGUUGACUGAGAACAGCGUCGCAGGGACAUUGUCCCGCACAUAAAACUAAAAUUUUAGCCCAAAAACUUAUGAAGCUCAAUUCAAAAAUAUUAAUGUAAAUGAACUUUUGUUUUGAAAGUUUCUCCUACUCUCGAAAUUGAAUUUUCCUGAAAGUAUGGAAUCGCUUGUCAUUUUGGGCUAAAAUUUUAGUACGCAAGAAGAACGAAGCCGCUCAGCUGCCGAGUAAGUAACAAUUGGAUAGUGACAGUUACUUUUGAGAAAAUGAGAAUCAAAAUGUUGGCCGCCAAGGUGAGACUGAUUUCUCACUGGCUUGGCAAGUGAAGCACAAAAUUUGCACAGAAAAUGUAAAACUAUUAGCUACGAAAAUAAUAUCAUAGUUCAUCAUGUGCAACAAAGAUUACGGGCUCGCAUUUCCACUCAUCCGGUUUUCAAACAACUUUUAUUUUGAGCCUUUUCUUCUUCAGCAUUUUAUCACAGCCAUGACUUGGAAAUACUUAGUAGAUUGUAAGGUAGCGCUUUUUCAUACAUAAUUCAAUCUCAUUUGAGCUUUGGAAAAAUAAUCAUUAUGUGCCAUUUGGUGUGAAACUUCACUUUUUCAAUCAUGUAUGGAUUGCUGGAAUAUUUCUGUAAGGGACUCACCCUAUUGUUGAAAAUCUAUUUCCGUUCUAAAUCACACCUCCGAGCAUUUGCAAAUAUAUUAGCAAACCCUAUUCCCUAGCAAUGCAAUUUGCAUAAAAUUGUGAUAAUACUUUUAUUGGAAAAUUACACUAUUUAUGAUUGCGUGAGUGUGCAAUAAUUUCUCACUCGUCUAUCGAAAGGGCUUUUGCUAAUUAUAUUCCUAGCCUGUUCACUAAUUCUACUUGUAUAACUGUUAUAACAUAGAAAAACACUGAUAAUGUCACUGUUGCCAGAGCCAUUCCACGAAAAAGUGUUUCAAUUUUGAGUCGACUUGAUUGCGUUUCUGUCGCCUCGUUUGUUACUUAUGUUUGGUGGUAAUUUUUAAUUCUCGUGCGUAAAUAGAGUUGUGAUGCUUUUAACAGAUUUUAAAUUGCGAAUUAUUAAAAAAAAGAAUGCAUAUCUUGUUCUGUUAAACAAACAAAAAAUGAUAUUUUGUUAAAAUGUGCAAAGUUUAUCGGUGUACACUGCUGGCAACUUUGGUGAAAAAUGUUAGGUGCCCAGUUGAAUCUUGAAAAAUACAAUGGAAAAGUUUAAACUAUAUUUUUUUUUAUUGAAAUCUCUUAAUUCUGUUUAACAAAAAUUAGCUAUUUCUAGCCUUGAAUACUAGUUGGUGUUUUGGGCAGGAUGCAAUGAUUCCUGGUAGCGAUGGCGGAAUGGCAUUGAAUGUUGGUGUAGAGAUUACAAACUUCUGCACCACAGCGGCCACCAGCAUGAAAAUGUAGCUUUUGGCCAAGGUUUCACCCAAACAUCUUCUCCUCCCUGUUCCAUUUAUUAUAGUAAUGUAAAAAAUUAUUUGAGGUAAAAAUUACCAAGCCCGAAAGGCAUGAGCCACUCGUCACUCUCCAGGACUCCCUCUUUUUUGAUAAAACGCUCCGGCCUAAAUUCCUCAGGGUCUCCCCAGUGUCCUGAGUCAUGGUGUAAUGACCACAGGUUGAUCAAAAUAGUAGUGUCCUUUAAUUAAAAUGAAAAUUAAUUUCCUGCCUUUUUAAACUAAGAUUUAUACUUUCGGAAUUGAGUAUCCCUCAAGGUCUGUGUCCCUGAGUGCCCUUCUUGGUCCUGCAAUGGGGACAAUGGAGCUCAAUCUAUUCGCCUCUUGAAUCACAGCACCGGUAUAAGGCAGCCUAAAAAUCAGUUUUAUAUUUAUUUUAUUUUAUCAAAGUUAUUUUACUUUGACUGGUGAGCCAAAGAAGGGGGAAGUUGCGUCCCAAUCACACUGGAAAUUUCAGCAAAUGCCUUUUCCUGCACUCUGGGGUUUAGAGCCAAAUAUAAGAAAAUGAAGUCUAGAGUUGUGCUGGUGGUUGUUGAGCCGGCAACAAACAUGUCCAAAACCACCAUGACCAGUUGGUCAUC